AACCAAAUUAUAGCAUCCUGCAGAUACAAGAAACCUCAAAAACCUUUCUGUCUUCGUUAACAAGAAAGGAAGAAGAAAACACAAGGCUUCUUCUUUGCCAUUUUUUUCUCUCUUUAGAUUUUGAAUCUGUAGUUGAUGUCAGGUAUGGAGAGGCUACAGAGGAUGUUUGCGGGUGCAGGUGGAGCACUGGGCCACCCACCACCGGAUUCCCCCACCCUCGAUUCCUCCGAGCAAGUCUACAUCUCUUCACUCGCACUUCUCAAAAUGCUCAAACACGGAAGGGCUGGGGUUCCAAUGGAGGUUAUGGGUUUGAUGUUGGGGGAGUUUGUGGAUGAGUACACGGUUCGUGUUGUGGAUGUGUUUGCUAUGCCGCAGAGUGGGACUGGCGUCAGUGUUGAGGCUGUUGAUCAUGUGUUUCAGACCAAUAUGCUUGAUAUGCUCAAGCAAACUGGAAGACCUGAGAUGGUUGUUGGUUGGUAUCAUUCACAUCCUGGAUUUGGUUGCUGGCUUUCCGGAGUGGACAUCAAUACACAACAGAGCUUUGAGGCUUUAAAUCAAAGGGCUGUGGCUGUGGUGGUGGACCCUAUACAGAGUGUUAAAGGCAAGGUGGUGAUUGAUGCUUUCCGGCUGAUUAAUCCACAAACUAUGAUGCUGGGUCAGGAACCACGGCAGACAACCUCUAACCUUGGCCAUCUUAAUAAGCCGUCUAUCCAAGCUCUGAUCCAUGGCUUGAAUCGGCAUUAUUACUCAAUAGCAAUUAACUACAGGAAGAAUGAGCUCGAAGAGAAGAUGCUGCUUAAUCUUCACAAGAAGAAAUGGACUGAUGGUUUGACACUCAGACAAUUUGAUUCUCAUUCAAAAACUAAUGAACAGACUGUUCAAGAGAUGCUAUCAUUAGCCACCAAGUACAAUAAGGCAGUGCAGGAGGAAGACGAGUUACCGCCAGAAAAGCUCGCAAUCGCUAACGUGGGGAGGCAAGAUGCUAAGAAGCACCUUGAGGAGCAUGUCUCCAAUUUGAUGUCUUCCAACAUUGUUCAGACCUUGGGAAUGAUGCUCGACACCGUCGUGUUCUAGAGGCUAGAGCUAGCAUCAUCCAUUGUGUUCUUCCCGAUCAUGUCAAGCUAUAUUUUAUUUGCGCUUUCUAGACUUGCUUGCUACCAGGAACUAUUUAGCACACGUUUUCUGCUUUUAUAACAUGGUUGUUUCAAAUGGAAGAAGAGCAAGUUGCUUGUUACACAA